UCCGGUUAUCAAUACAAUUUAUCGGUGAUAAUUGCGCUGAUAUCAGCUAUCAGCGAGAAUUUAUCAUUGAGAUGUUUUGAUGUGGUGGUUUAUGUCGAUGCGGCUCGAUCGUUGACAUUACAACAAACACUAAAGGAAGCACUCCGCGUCGCAGCUGCUCAACGGCAAAUGCAAAAAAACAAAGCCAAAAAUAACGUUCAAACAAUGGCCUCGAAUUUAUCACUGCUCACGCCAUUUCUCAUACCAGGAAUCGGUGUACGACCCGAAAAGACUUUUUUCCACAAUUGUCCCUUCGGCCUGAUCGCAUUUCAUGCUGACUGUUUUCAAAUUCAAGGUCUGAACACAACAGCAUCAACAUCCACAUCCAAUAACACUGUUAUGUAUCAAGUACCACAAGGAGUCGUUUAUACGAAUGGAGAAGGCUCAGACACAUCAAGUUUAUUCGGUGGCAAAUCCGACAGCUCGAAUUCAAAUCAACAAUUUCUUUUCCCGAUGAACUCCCUCACAUUACAGCAGAAUCUGCUCCAAAUGAUGUCCACAGCAGCGCUGAGCGCUCAAUUAGAAUCCGGUGAACAAUCGAGUUGA